GGGGUGGGGCCGGGCGCCGGGAUGGCGGCGCCGCGCGUGGUGCUGCUGCUGAGCGGGAAGCGGAAAUCGGGGAAGGAUUUCGUGGCCUCUGAGCUGCGGGGCCGGUACCGGCAGGGGCAGGGCUGGCACCGGGAGUGGCGGGAAUGGCUGGGCCCUGACGUGUGCACCAUCCUGCGCCUCUCUGCGCCGCUCAAGGAGCAGUAUGCCAAGGAGCACGGCCUGGACUUCCAGCGGCUCCUGGAUGCCAGCUCCUACAAGGAGCAGCACCGGCAGGGCAUGAUCCGGUGGGGCGAGGAGAGGCGCAGGACCGACCCCGGCUUCUUCUGCAGGAUGGCAGUGGAGGGGGCGGCACAGCCGGUGUGGGUGGUGAGCGACGCGCGGCGCCUCUCGGACGUGGAGUGGUUCCGGAAGGCUUACGGGGACGCGGUGCAGACUGUGCGGGUGGUGGCCAGCGAGGAGACGAGGAAGAGGAGGGGCUGGGUCUUUGUCGCAGGGGUGGAUGAUGCUGAGUCUGAGUGUGGCCUGGACCAGGGAGUGGCCUUUGACUGGGUGAUCACCAACGAUGGGGACCAAGGGGCCCUGGAUGAGCAGCUGGGGACACUGCUGCGGUCGGUGCGUGGCCGCCUAUAGCCGGUGCCAGUCUGCCAGGGCUGGGGGGACUGUGUGCCCUGCCCAGCCCUGCAACGUCCCCCCCCACCCUUGUGCCCUGUGGCAGCACUCCCUGCCUGGCCAAUAAAGCUCUCGUCAGGGAGCACUGCUGCCA